GGUUCUUAACGCCUUCCUCUGCUGUCAGAUUCACGACACAGAAAGGUUGCUAAUAUGUUGCUCCCUACACUAUUGGCAUUGCUUUCCAUUCUGCCAGCGGCAUUUGCUGCCUGGGGAUACAGUGAUGAUGGCGGAAAUUUUGUCAUCGACACCGGAGCCUCUCUUGUCGUUAAAGUCAGCAAGUCCAAUGGUGACAUGACAUCGAUCGUCUAUAACGGUAUUCAAUACAACGGACAAAGUGGAAAGAACAGCCACGUCGAAUCAGGGCUCGGUGCCAGCACAGUUUCGAUCACCCAGUAUUCAAGCCCGGCAGUUAUCAAAGUCUCCAUUAUUUAUGGCACACUGAAACAUUGGCUUGUUUUCCGUCAAAACAUGCCGAAUGUGUACAUAUUUGUCAACAAGAAGGACGACAGCGUUACAGUCCAACGCUAUAUUGUACGCAUUCCUGAUGGUGUUUUCACAAGGCAGAGUACCGACACAGACUGGAUUCCGGAUGGUGCAUCUACCAUUGAGUCUGGCGAUGUCAAUGCCGAUGCCAGUGGAAAUACCUACAGUAAGCACUACACAGGACUGAAGUAUGGUCGUACUAUCGACUACGAUUACGUUGGAUACACCAAAUCGGGCGCUGGUAUUUUCAUGAUCAGAUGCAAUCGUGAGAAAGCUUCUGGUGGACCAUUCUUCCGUUCGCUUCAACGACGAGGUGGUGGUGGCGUUGAUCUCUAUGAUAUUUACUGGUAUAGCAUGGGUCACACUGAUCCUAUGCGGUAUGGUCUUCACGGUUACAGCACCCUGGCGUUCACGACUGGAGGCGCUCCUGCCUCGAGUCUCUUUGCGAAGAAUACAGAUACUACGUGGGUGAAUAAUCUCGGUAUCGAUGGUUGGGUUCCUACUUCUGGUCGUGGUUCUGUAGCAGCAGUAGGAAUAAAGAACAUGAAGGCCGGAUUCCAGUACGUAGCUGGUCUCAGCAAUACCAACGCGCAAUACUGGAGCGUCAGCGACAGCAGCUCGGGGUAUUUCAAGAUUAAGGACGUUCUCCCAGGUACUUACACGCUCACCAUCUACAAGGGCGAGCUUGAAGUCGUAACACAGUCUGUGACGGUAACAGCCGGCAAUGCUCUCGCUCUGAAUAGCAUAACCCCCAGUGACCCGCAGGAUACCACCGCUAUCUGGAGGAUAGGAGAUUGGGAUGGUACUCCGAAAGGCUUCCUCAACUUCGAAGAUACGCCGAUGAAGCCGACGUACAUGCAUCCAUCGGACAGCCGCUUGAAGUCGUGGGACCCUUCUAAUUUUAUCGUUGGCACAACGAGCAUAAAUGGAUUCCCCGGUUACCUAUGGCAGGACAUAAACAACGACCAUUUGAUAUACUUCCGUCUCAAUGCUGCGCAAAUCGCCAGCUCCGCCACACUGCGCAUUGGAAUGACGGAGGGUUUCAUCGGUGGUCGCCCCAUGAUCAGCAUCAACUCUUGGACUCCUUCUCUUACGCCUGCGCAGAAUCAGGGCGGCACGCGCAGCUUGACGGUCGGUACCUACCGGGGGAACAACAAGAUGCUGACUUGGACGGUCCCGGCGAGCGCUUGGUUGACGAAUCCGAGCGAUUGGCAGAUUCUCAAGCUAAGCGUUAUCACGGGCAGCACAGGCAGUGGGUUUUUGAGCGGUGGCGUGUCUAUUGACGCGAUCGAUUUGAUAUAG